AUGCCCCCCUCAUAUACUCUUCAUCCGAGAACAGCAGAGAUGGACGGCUCGUCCAGAAUACCCUCGACUCUCGCUCGGUCCUUGUCCGUCGUCGAGCCCCGGCACAAGACUGCCAACCUCCCAAUCAUGUCCCGCCGGCUCCCAACCAUGAGACUGCCCACGGACCCCAUACCGGAAUCUGAUGGCCGUGCCAGGACUCAGGCCUCGGAUUCCAAAAUGGCGCCCCGUGAACUGCGGACGCCAGGAAACGUCCAGAGAUACCACAGACCCCUCCGCGCCGAGUCGUUGCUGUUGGACUCGACUCCUGGCAGCCCGGUUGCCGAUAUCUCGACCGGCUCCAACCACGACUCGACGGACGAAGGCCCAGAAACAGGAAUCAUUGCCAUCGGCAUGGCUUUGGGAAGCCCAACCCACCCACCCAACCAGACGAUCGCAGCCUGGCCAUACCACCCCGUGGCCACCCCCGCUGCCCACGGUGCGGACCCGGCCGAGGAAGUGCUGCCAAAGGAGAAACACCGGAAAUGGACGAUAUUUGGACGAUCAAAGUCGAAGCGAGAGAGGAGAAAUUAUGAUGACGCGCAGGAAGCCUCGUCGGCAGCCUCCGCUCCAUUAACCCUCUUGGCCCGGAGUUGUUCCACCACGGCUGGACAUGGCCCCCUCCGAGAAAACGAGGGAAAGCCAAAGAUGGAUGCUUCGACGCUGGAAAACCUCGCACACCCAGGCUACAAAACCAUCAAGAGAUCGAACACGGCACCGAUGAGGGACAGGCGCCCGCCGCCGGUUCCUCGCACCCAGAUGCCGCCCCAACCACCCCCCAAGGACGCCAUGGCACGCACGCCCACAUCCGCCUCAGCCGGUAGGACCAGGCAGCGCCGCACUCGACUUGGUGAGCCCUUGCUGCACGUCGACAUUCCCACCUGCUCGAUGGAUCGAUACAGCGUCAUGUUUGGCGACCUGAUUCAUCUCAAAAGCCCCAUGUUGGCAUGCAACCAGGCCACCUACGAUCGGGUCAUCACCGCCUCGGAGGGAGUCGCCGACACGCGGAACACUGCGGUCCGGAUGCCAUCCCGUAACGCCUCGGUCGCCCCGGCCGCCCCGGCGCCGAGACCGUCGCCGAUUCAGACUGGGGCUCGCGUGACGGAGAGCAAAUCUCCUUCGUCAUCGCGAGCGAGGUCCAACACCAGCCCAGCUGUGCUGCCCUCGCCCGUGCAGGCCACGUUUGAUGCCGCGCAGUGGUCCAAGGAGCAAGCGGGAACGAGACACAUUGCAAAAUCUACCCGCCAGAGCAAGGACCUGCACGACAAAGGAAAGGACAACCCGAUUCCCGCUGAUCGAUCUCUCCUCAUAUCCAAGUUCCACCGCCCGACCUCGACUCAGCAGAACAAGGCUUCUCGCGCGUCGUCGGUAUCGACGCCCCCCGGCUCCGGUACCGACAAUGACCAUGCCCACAUUCGCAUCGUGUGCCCGGACAUCAAGGAGGUUUCCUUGUCUACCUGGAACACGGCUCACCCUCCCGCCGCAGAAUCUAUUCCUCAUUCGCUCGUCUCCGAACGUGGACGAGCCCUGCCGCGCCCCGCUGCGGGUGCUGGCAAGUCCAAAGCUUCGGAGCAGGACUCCAUGAAUGCAGGACAGGAUACCAUCGAGGUCUCGAUUGCCAGAAAGGUCAGCGUAUCCCGGCAGCAACGUGCACUUCUCGCGCCCCUGAAGCCGCAUGCACAUGAGAAGCAGAAGCGGCGCACCAACGAGAGGAAGAACGGCGUGGCCCGCCUGAUCGACCUGAAGCAAAGCCCUGUUUCGUGA